GAGCUUUUAGAAGAGACACGGCUCAAAGUGAAAGUAACUUUCAGGGAUAUUUUCCAGAGCAGGAAGCCUUGCCAAGACUGACUGACUGACUUCCUGUUUGAACUGCCUGCCUGGUGAGUUUUUAUCUUCUCCCAGAGACCAAAUGGCUUCCAGAUUAGAGGAGGAUCUCUGCUGUCCUGUCUGCCAGGACAUCUUUAAAGAUCCUGUGAUCCUGUCAUGUAGCCACAGCUUCUGUAGAGCCUGUCUGCAGAGCUGGUGGACAGAGAAACUGAUAAACGAGUGUCCAGUUUGUAAGGAAAUAUAUUUUAAUCGUGAUCCACCUCGUAACCUGGUGUUGAAGAACCUGUGUGAGGCCUUCUUACUGGAAAGAGACCAGAGAGCUUCAGCAGGGCCAGAGCUCCUCUGCAGUCUGCACUCUGAGAAACUCAGGCUCUUCUGUCUGGACCAUCAGCAGCCAGUGUGUCUCGUCUGUCGAGACUCAGAAACUCACACCGACCACAGAUUCAGACCCGUCAACGAAGCUGCACGAAACCACAAGAAGGAACUUCAGGAGUCACUGAAGCCCUUCCAGGAGAAACUGGAGCUCUUUAAUAAAGUCAAAGCAAACUGUGAUGAAACAGCAGAGCACAUUAAGGUCCAGGCCCGACGCACAGAGAGGCAGAUUAAGGAGGAGUUUAAGAAGCUUCACCAGUUUCUCCAAGAGGAAGAGGGGGCCAGGAUGGCUGCUCUGAGGGAGGAAGAGGAGCAGAAGAGUCGGACGAUGAAGGAGAGGACGGAGGCUCUGAGCAGAGAGAUAGCAGCCCUUUCAUUCACAAUCAGAGCCAUAGAGAAGGAGCUGAGAGCUGAAGACGUCUCAUUCCUGCUCAACUACAAGGCUACAGUGGAGAGAGUCCAGCGCCCCCUGCUGGAGGAUCCACAGCUGCUCUCAGGAGCUCUGAUAGACGAGGCCAAACACCUGGGCAACCUGAGCUUCAACAUCUGGGACAAGAUGAAGGAGGUGGUCUCCUACACUCCUGUGGUUCUGGACCCCAACACCGCUGGUUCAAGACUCGUCCUGUCUGAAGAUCUGACCAGUGUGAGACGAGGACAGAGACAGAAACUUCCUGAAAACCCAGAGAGGAUUGGGGGUGUCCUGGGAUCUGAGGGCUUCAGCUCAGGGACUCACAGCUGGGACGUUGAGGUUGGAGAAAACACAGACUGGGUCCUGGGUGUGUUAGAAGAGUCCGCCCAGAGGAAGGGAGAGCUACAGCCUGGAGGUUGGACAGUAGGGUUCUAUAAGGGUAAAUAUGCAGCAAUGGCCACAUCAAAUAAAGUCACUGUUCUCCCAGUGCAGGAGAAGCUCCAGAGCAUCAGAGUUCAUCUGGACUGGAACAGAGGACAGCUGACCUUCUCUGAUCCUGAUACUAACACACACAUACACACCUUCACACACACUUUCACUGAGAAGCUAUUUCCAUUGUUUGAUACUGGAGAUGAAGUGCCUCUGAAGAUUUUACCAGGGAGGGUCUCUGUAACAGUGGAACAGCACAGAUAAUGAUGAUGAUGAUGAUGAUGAUGAUGAUGGUGUCAUGGUGUAUCACAAGCUGUCCAUUUUUUUAUGGGGGAAACUGCUCUCAUUUGAAGGCCUACAGGCAAAAUAUUACAUUACAUCAUAACAAUAUAGAAAAAUGUUUUACUAUAUCAUGAUUACAGCAUUUAGAAGAAAAUAUGCUGUGUUUUCAUAUAAAGAAUGGCUCAGAAAAUUGUUUAUCUUAAAUAUGUCAUGAAUCCAUGUGCAUCUUACACAGCAUUAACCAGUGAAAACAUGAACUGUGGAUGAACAGUGACGGGGUGAGUCGUGCUCAAUAAGAGUCUGUCUCAGAGAAACAUAACGUGCUCACUUCUGAUAGAAAAGAGGAAACAGGAAAUGUCAGAGAAAAGAAGAUGAAUGUUUAGAAAAGUUGAUUUCAGUGUGUAAUGUAUAAACCUGCAUGUAAUAA